GUCAGACUCUGGCUCGAUUUGGUCUUGUGUGAGGAAUCUUUCAGGUCUGACUGAGUAAUUGGAUUAGUCGGGCCAACAAUUUCGUGCAAAUCGAGCCAUUCGAGUUGGGCCUAAACAUACACGUUGCAUGAAGCUAGGUGAAAGCACACACGUCCUUCCCAAGUAGGAGGAAACAGUGCCGGAUUGGCGGCAAAAUACAAGCCUUUGGUUUCGGGGGCGGUCAUGAAGGGUCCUCUACUGUUGCUUCCACCACUCCGGCUCUCCCCUUCCCUCCCUCUUCCGAAUUCUCAGGUUUAUUGGUGCUUUCCAUGGCCUUCUCCACUAUCCCUCGAUCUCUCUUCUCCUUCCUCCCUAACUCCUUCGAAACCCCCUUCCCCUACCUCUCCGUCCCUCGCCUCCUCUCCACCGCCGCCGCCGCAGCCGAAUUAUGUCACCUCCUCCGCUCGAACUCCUCCCUUCCAGCAAUCGAAAGAGUCCUCUCCCGCUCCCAGACCAAGCUCGAUCCUUCCAUCGUCCAAUCCGUCCUCCGUCAAUCCUCCGACCGCGUUUUGGCGCUCCGCUUCUUCGUCUGGGCCGGCCUCCAGCCCCGCCACCGCCACUCUGCCGCCGCCUACGCCGCUGCUUCCGACUCUCUCCAGAUCCCCCGCCGUCCCCAGGCCCUUACUCACCUUCUCGACUCCUACCGGGCCGCUGAUGCCCCCGUAUCUCUCAAAACCUUCAAAAUUCUCCUCAACCUCUGCCGCCACGCCAAUCUCCCUGACGAGGCCCUCGCCCUCCUCCGCCGAAUGCCCGAGUUCGAUUGCCGCCCCGAUACAUCCUCUUACAACACCGUCCUCCGCCUCUUAGCCGAUAGCGGCCGCGGCGAGAUCGGAGCUGCUCUCUUGGAGGAAAUGGCCAUGGCUAGGGCGAGCCCAGACAUGGUCACCUAUGUGACUGCGGUGCGGGGACUCUGCGCCGUGGCCAAGAUUGAGGCUGCCCAGGGCCUCGUGGCCCGAAUGCGGGCAAAUGGGUGUGUUCCCAAUGUGGUUGUUUACACUGCACUGCUCGAUGGGGCCUGUAGCUGUGGUGAUCUCGUUGCAGCGAUGCGGCUUUUGGAUGAGAUGGAGAGUGAAUUGGAUGACGGGUGUGCGCCGAAUGCUGUGACAUACACUUGUUUGAUAAAAUGCCUGUGUGAGAAGGGCCAGGGCCGGCUGGAGGAGGCUUUGGAGAUCUUGGACCGGAUGGGGAGGCGGGGGUGUCCCCCCAACCGGGUCACGGUUGGUACUAUCGUGAACGGGUUCUGUGCCCAAGGGAAGUUUGGCGGGGCUUAUGAGCUGAUCGAGAGAGUGGUGGGGGAGGGGAGUGUUUCUAGCGAGGACUGCUAUAGUUUGCUUGUGGGUUGUUUGUUGCGAGUCGGGAAUGUACAGGAGGCGGAGGAUCUCAUGACGAGGAUGUUGGAAAAGGGUAUCAGUCCAAGUGGGGUGGCGUGCAAUUCUUUGUUGAGGGAGCUCUGCAAUCGGAGGCAGUUCAUGGAUGGGUAUAAUUGGUUUCAAAAGAUGGAAGAGAAGGGGUUGGCAUGUGUUGAUUCAGACGUCUGUGCUCUUCUUUUGGUAGGGCUUCAUGAAAAGGGUCAUUCAACGGAGACAUCGAUAUUAGGAAGGAAGCUUGUCGAGAGGGGUAUUCAUAUGGAGGCUUUUAGUGUUGAUGGUGUCGUGGAGGUGUUGCAGAAGUUCAGUGAAGGUGACUUGACAACACAAAGCAUGAUAACAACAGAGCCACGGUAAUUGUAGCUUUGAGUUGAUGCAGCAGGAACCAAAACUCUUCCCUAACUCAACCUUUGAUUGGUAAAGGUGGAUGGGUUAAUUAAGCCUUGAAGGCCCUGUGGCCGCGCAGAGGCUUUGAACUUGUCAUCACCAAGAGAAGCAUGAGUCCCACCCACCGUUCUCUUCUGCAAUGAUUCAUCUUUUCGAAGCUCCUACUGCCCGAGAGUUAAUGGUAUUUUCAUUUCUCUUAUGUUGUUUGCUUUGCUUGUUAUAAUUCUCUUUAGCAAGUUGUGGUUGAUAAAGGAAGCCAGGUAUAUAUAGAUAUGUUCUCAACGUGUUCUGUUCCAA